CUUCCCCUGGCUGAUGGAGAUAUAAGUAUGUGACUUGAUCUGUAUCUUUUCUUCAUCAACACACUCUCAUUCUCUAUCAUCUACUCUAUCAUCCAUUCUCUUCAAUCUCUCUGUCACUCUUUAAUCUAUCAUUCUAUCAAAAUGAAGUCUGCCAUCCUCAUCGCCACUCUCUCGGCCCUGGCCUCUGCCGCUCCUGUCUCUGUAUGCUCCCUCCAUAUCUAUCCAUCCAUCACCAUCUAACAUAUGCAGAACCAAGCAAGAGACCUCGUCAACGUCGACGCCGGCAACAACAACUUCAACAGCAACGGUCCCCCCGUCCCCCUCCCCUCCGGUCUCCCCCGUCGCGAUGGCAUCGACCUCAAUCUUCUCAACAACAACUUCAACAGCAAGGGUGCUUCCCGUCGCGCCGUGAUCGACGGCAACCUGUUCAACGGCAACUUUAACAGCCGCGAUGUGGCUGAUGUCAAGGCCGGCGCUGGUGUUGGAAACGGAGACGUCAAGGCCGGUGCUGAUGCGGGUGUUGCGCUGCGUCGGGCUCUGGCUGGUGCUAACGCGGACGUUAACGCUGCUCCUGUGAAUGUCAACGCCGGUGCGGAUGUUGGCCGUCGCACUCUUCUGGGCGUCAAUGCUGACGCCAAUGUCAACGCCGGUAAGGAUGUGAAUGCUGGUGUUGAUGCUGGUGUGAAGGUUGGCCGUGCUCUGCUUGGUGUCGGCGCUGACGCUGGUGUCAACGCUGGUAAGGAUGUGAAUGCUGGUGUUCAGGCUGGUGCGAAGGUUGGCCGUGGUCUGGCUGGUGCUGGUGCCAACGCUGACGUUGACGCUGCUCCUGGUGUUAACGUGGAUGCUGGGGCGGAUGUCAACCGUCGUUCUCUGGGUGUCAACGCUGACGCUGGUGUCAACGCCGGUAAGGAUGUCAACGCGGGUGUUGAUGUCGGUGCAAAGGUUGGCCGUACUCUGGCUGGUGUUGACGCCGGUGUUGAUGCCGCUGGUGUUGAUGCCAACACUGGUGUCAAGGUCAGCCGUGAGAUCAACGCCGGUGCUGGUGUUGGCGAUGUCAAGGCUGGCGCUGGUGUUGACGUCCGCCGUGAUGACAUUCUGGGCUUGAAUGCUCUCAACAAGAACUUCAACAGCAACUAAGCCGAUCUGAGCAUGUAUCUACCAUAUACCUAUCCUGUCUUAAUCUUAGUGUCUAGUCCACCAUGUUGGCAAUCAUACAAGUCUAUAGUCUAGUGGCUAUAGUCAUUGCAUUG